AAAUGCGAUAUUGUUUGUGCUAUAGUCAUAAUACUACGAUGUGCUGUAGGGGACAGUUAACUACUGCGUUAUAAUUUUGAGUAUUUGUUUGCUGUAAGUACCGUAAUAAGAUAUAAUUAUGUCAAAAAACGUUUGGGACGCUGCUGCUGCAGAAGUCCAGUUAAUGCAAAGUGGUGGAGGCAAUUCUUUGGAAAAGUUUAUUCUGUUUGUCGGAGGAAAAUCUUCGGGGAAAACAACAGCAAUUUUGAAAUUUCUUUCAAGAGAUGAAGCUCCCAGACCGACCACUGCUCUUGAGUAUACCUUUGCAAGGAGGGCAAAUAACUUGCAAGAUAAAAUGACCGGUCACAUAUGGGAACUUGGUGGUGGUGUUAACUUGAUUAAACUAAUGGAUGUUUCUUUGACUGUUGAUACAAUCCACUCCAUGACUGUGAUACUGGUGUUAGACUUGUCCAACCCGAGUGAGCUUUGGUACACAGCAGAGAAUCUUCUGAAAGCGGCUCGAGCUCGAAUCGAUGCAACUCUGAGCCAAAUGAGCAAACAGAAAGCUGGUUUGCAGCAAAAGUUUUUAAAAGAAGCGUGGGAAAGACUUGGUGGGAAAGACAGGCCGGAUGCCCACGUUAUCAAUCCCUUCCUUGUCCCCUUGGUUAUCAUCGGAAGCAAAUUUGAUAAAUUUCAAGAAAUGGAACCUGAACAGAAAAAGGUGAUCACCCAAUGCAUCAGGUACCUUGCUUUAUCCAAUGGUGCAUCAGCCAUCUUCAUGAGCUCAAAAAUUGAAGCCACAGUAAAAGGACUUCGCCACAUAAUGAAUGUAGCAGCAUUUGGAGGGCCACUAAACAAGACACCAGUGAUUGACAAUAAGCGACCCCUCUAUGUACCAGCAGGUAUUGAUAGCUUGGAUGGCAUUGGGUCGCCUCCAUUAAAGAGCUCGGAUAUUGGCCGUGUGUCUUCCAGGAAUCCGACUGAAGUGUGGAAAUCCGCAUUUUGUGGCCAUUUCCCUCAGGAAAAUACAGGCUCAAAACUACAAGCUUCGUUACAAGAUGACCCGGCAAAAGACAAGCAGUUUAAGGAACCAAGAAUUGAUGAACUUCGAGCUCAAAAAGACAGAGAGUUGGAGGCAUUCAAGAAACAAGAGGGGCAGAAAUGGACAACAAGAAUUAGCUAAAGACUAUUUACUUGAAAUUCUUUAUAAAACGUAGUACAUAAAAUUGCAAUUGUUGUGCUUAGUUGAAGAGCAUUUUAGCCUAUAUGCUGCAAAAUUUUAUGUUAGUAGUUUUUACCGAAAACAUUUUAUUGGAUCUGUGCUAUGAUGGUAUUAUUAACGGUCAAAAUAUCAAAGAGAUUCAAUAUAUUAAUUGUAUUUGGCAUUUUGUUUUCGAUGUUUAUUGAUUUACCAACAGUGGUUUUUACUUUAUUAAUCUGACCACACAUUUCUUAUGUUUGUGCUUACUAGGUAAUUUUAAUUUCAUCCUUUAUUGGGAAACUUGUUCUCUGAUACUUUAUACAAAUUGUUGUUGAAUGAAAAUCCUCUAUCUUCAUAUAUUUCUCCAGCGCACUGUGUUUUGAACUAAAGAAAAUAUAUUUCAUUACUGAACCAA